AUGACUUGGUCUCCUGAUCACGAUUAUACUUUAUAUCGCAAUGAUUAUCAAAAGUUUAUCAAUGAAAUAGCCGGGCGGAAUAUUAAGGCCUAUCGUAAAACUAAUGCCUCGGGGACAGCCUUAGAAUUUGAAGAGGACGGAUUUACUCCGGCGAAAGUUCGGGGUGGAGAUUAUGAGUUGUCUAAGGUUCUUACUAAGAUAUUGAAUCCGCCACCACCAGAGAUUCAAGGGAAAAUUUUAGAUUUGGAAGAAGAGGAAAGAAAGGAAGAAUUUAAAAAAUAUUUUGGUAAUAUUCCCGAAAAUAAAAUAGAAGAAUUUUUAAAUGAAGUCUUGGAAAGUGUGUCGGCUUCUGAAAGAGGGGAAGACUCUACUACUAGUCAGUUUUAUGUCUUUCCUUUCCAGACUAAGAAAGUUACUGGAGGUGUAAGGGGAGGCUCGAUAGAAGUUCAAGUCCCUUCAGGAGUAGAAAAAGGAAAAAAGCCAAGGUUUAAAGAUUUAGUUCCUUAUAAUGAUG